CUUUGUUCUAAUUUUCUAAUAAUUCUCAUCCCUAAGUUCCUUAUCAAAAGGUAGAAGAAAUGGCUAAAUAUUUUGCGUAAAUAUUUCUGUCGGUUAAGUGUCUCUAUUUCUACCUCAAAGUUAGGAUCCUUUCAUAUAGACGAGCUUUCUAAGAAAAGCCUCGAUUUAAAAAAAAAUAUUUUCUUCAAAUCUAAAUAAAAUCAGAAGAUUAUAUUGCUUUAAAAUAUUUCAGUUUUGUCAUGAUAAUUUGUCAUUCUAACUGAAUAUCUUUAUUUGAAGAGCAUGAAACCAUUAUAAAAGCUUGGAGACGUCAUAAUUAUUUUAAUUAAUAAAAAUCGGGAAAGGUGCAUUAGAGUUUGGAGGGUUUUUUUUUUGCUAUUUGUUUCUCUUUAUAAAGUUUAAGGCUUUGAUGUAUUUUAAGAUAUUUUUUUGUUCGGCAUGUAAUGGAUGAGUGUAAUUUUUUUGUAAGUUUAGAAAAAAUACUUACCAGCAUGUUAGUACAUGAGUGUUGUUGAAAAAAUGUUGAAAAAUGUUCCAUGUAUAUUCGUUAGCAGUUGUUUCUCCCCUCUCCCCUUAGAGUGCUGCACUAAACAAAAAAGCGUUGUUAAUAGUAAAAGUUGAUCUUAAAUGUCUAUAACAUUAGUAUUGAACAAAGAAACAUUCGUAUCGCAAAUAUGCAUGCAAAAAACAGAAAUUUAACUCGAGAUAAAAAUUGCGUUUUACCCCACUUCUCCUCCGCCAUGUUGAAAUAGGUUUUUUUUUUGCUAAAGCUUAUAUCGGAUUUAAUCCGAUUUUUGGUGUCAUUUCGUUUUCUUGGGGGUGCACUAAUUAUAUGAAAUACCCCCUUUAUGUUUCCAAAGACUUAAUUUACGAUGGAGAAACAACUGCAACGUCAAAACUCAAAUUUUACGGUCUUUGUAGUAUAUACAAAGCAUUUCCAUAUGAAUCCGCUAUUAAAUGUGCGAUUAUUUUACCGACGGGCAAUGUAAUGACGCCAAAAUGACUUUGUUGUUUGCCGCUCCAAGUGGAAAAUUUUAUUUAAGAUAUUAAAGCAUAUGCGUGAAUUAUUUAUAUCGUUCUUGUAAUUGCACCCUAUUGGAUAUAGGUUCAUAAAAUUAAUUGUACAACAUGCAUACAAUAUGUUGUUAGUGGAAACUACCUUUUAUAGGAAGGAAACUACACAGAGAUUUUUAACACGUGGCUUCAUCUCCGCUCCAUAACUUCAUGGGGAUCAAAGGUAGAUUAAAAAGACUGAUUUAUGGUGAUGAUACUACAGUGUUACCUGCUGGUAUAACAACAGUGCUCUUCUGUCUGAUGCUAUUUUCAUCUCUUACUAUCACUAUGGUGUUUUCGUUUCUUCCACACUUAGUGACGUCAUUUGGUAUUGGUGAAACUGAAAGAGGUUACUACGCUGGUUUAAUUGGAUCCGCGUUAUUUGCGGGUAGAGCUUUAUGCAGCUUUUUCUGGGGAUAUCUUGCGGAUAUCAAAGGAAGAAAAUUCUCCACCAUACUUUCGACAGCGUUGUUGAUAUUGACAACGUUAGCGUUUGGAUUCAGUACCACUUUCGAAUGGGCGAUCGUUACUAGAUGCAUACAAGGCUGUUUUAUGGGUAUAAAUGUUAUUGCGAAAGCAAUAAUGGCGGACGUUUGUGACGACACCAAUCAAGCUCUCGGAAUGUCUUUACUAAUGUGUUCCUAUUCUACUGGAUUAAUUCUUGGACCAGGCAUCGGAGCAUUUCUGGCGUUUCCUGUGGAUAGCUACCCAAGUAUAUUUACAGGUUCAAUUUUUGCCAAAUUUCAAAUUCUUUUACCGCACCUUGUCGUCGUCUUCGCUCUACUGGUAGCCGUAUGUUUGACCGUUUAUAUUUUACCACGUGAUAGAAGCAUGACAAUUGAUGAAAAGACGAAACUUUUAACUUCAAACAAAUCGUCUGUCUGCAGUUCCGGAAAGAAAAACGAAAUUGUUGAUGUUGUGGAAAAUGAAAUAGUAGAAUAUAAAACCCGGUCCUGCUGUUGCGCAUGUGACUUUAAAAAUUCGCGACUUGGAAAUAUUUUGAGGCGUAGGGAAUGCAUUCUGGUUUGCUUUGCAUAUGCGUCAUACAACACGCUAGCUGUAGGGUACGACGAAUUCUUUCCACUAUAUGCUGCAACGUCGAAACAAUACGGAGGUUACGAUUUUAACAUUACUCAAAUUGGUACAGCCCUACUCAUUGUUGCUAUGGUAACGAUAACCCUCGAAGUAGCUUUAUUUGCCAAGCUAGUCAAAAAAUUUGGAGCAAAACUGGUAUUUGUAUGCUGUACCUUGUUCCAAUCUCUGCUGCUGCCAUUACACGUUCCGCUGACAAUCAUAUCCAACAGGAUAAUAUUUUGGAUGCUUCUUCUUGCGCUUUUGAUCUUGAUGCGAAUUUGUAUCGAAGGAUCAGUUAUUUCAGUUGCUGUAAUGUUAAACAAUUCUGUCGAAUCAAAUUAUCUUGGAACAGUAAAUGGAUUGUCCAUGACAAUUUCUGCAGUAGGAAGAACGUUUGUACCUACCGUAUUUGGAAGUUUAUACUCUUGGUCGCUAAGCAACAAAAAAAGCGUGAGCAUGAAUAAAAAUCCGAUAGGCUAUCCUUUUGACGAGAAUUUCACAUUCUUAGUCAUGGCAGUAUUUGGUAUUUUCAAUACGCUUCUUGUCGUGCAAUUGUCAAGCAAUAUAAAUAAAAGAAAAACAGCGUUCACGCAAGAGAGAGUGGCAACGAAAUUUCAAACAUUUUGUGAUUCAAGGAAUAAUGUCACUGUGUUAUGAUGAUUCGCUUCCCUUAGAACAUGCUAACAAAUCGCAGUGAUAACGGUUGGAAGGAGCUUUUUUGAGAUUUAGAAAAAAAUAAGAGCCCUGUGCAUUGAAA